AAGAAAGCUAACAUCUUAGUAAGCCGCUUUCCCUCUGCUUCUCACCUAUAUAUAAAUAUCACAAGCAAAUUAACCUGCACGUAAUAUCCAAGAGACCAGAGAGAUUUGAUAGUUAACAUCAUGUCUGAUGUCGCCAAAGAAGCAUGGAGAAAAUAUUUAAUUCAACUCCAAGUUAACCCUCUUAGGACAAAGGCAUUAACUUCUGGGGUUAUAGCUGGGUUAGGGGAUGCACUUGCUCAAAAGAUUUCUGGUAUCAAGAAGCUUCAGUUAAGAAGAUUGCUUCUUUUCAGUCUUUUUGGCUUUGCAUAUGGAGGACCGUUUGGGCAUUAUCUUCACAAAUUGAUGAGCGUUAUUUUCAAGGGAAAGAAUGACAGCAAAACUGUUGCAAAAAUGGUUUUGUUCGAACAAUUGACUUCCUCUCCUUUGAACAACCUGCUUUUCAUGCUGUACUAUGGCUUGGUAAUUGAGGGAAUACCAUGGGUUUUUAUCAAGGACAAGAUUAAGAAAGACUUCACUUCUGUCCAAGUGGCAGCAUGGAAGGUCGGGCCUGUGGUUGCUUGGGUGAAUAACCAGUUCGUGCCUUUGCAACUCCGAGUUAUAUUCCAAUGCUUUGUUGGUCUGUGCUGGACAAUCUUUUUGAAUCUCAAAGCACGUUCAGCUGUGAUCAAGGACUCAUAGAAUGGAGUGACCUUCUUCUCCUCUAGAUUUCCCUUCUGGUUUUUUAGCGCAAUACCCCAUCUUGUAAGGAAAGAAAAUGCCAGGAUAUGGAAUUUCAAUCGUAUAAUAAUAGCUUGUAUUCAUGUAGUCGAGCUUUUAUAGACUGUUGGUUUGUUGAACUUCUCCCUUGGGAAAAUUAAGGUCUCUGAUUCUCAGUAGAACUACCUGGAUUUUGUACUCUCUAUAUAUUCUACAGUCCAUCGUUUUUAUGUGUGAA